AUGGCGAUUCUCAUCUUCUUCUUCAUCACUAUCAGCUUUAUUGCUCCAUCUUCAUCUUCUUUACCUGAACACCAUUUUCACUUUACCAAAACUGGUCUUCGCCACAACACUUCAUCGCAGCCACAGCAAUACAUAGAAAUCAGUCGUCCAUUGUCAUUCACAAAUCUCCCUCCUUCUUGUACUUUUCAUAUCCUUACUCAUGAUUUCGCCUAUACCAUGGGUCUCCCGCCGGUCUCUGCUUCUUACUCUCCUCCGGCCAAUUGCUCCUGGACUCAUGUGGCUCUUCAGUUUAAUGUUUCUUCUAAAGGAGAGCAAUACGAUCGAAUCGCCGCCAUUUGGCUUGAUGGCGCCGAGCUCCUCCGUACCAGCACCGCUGAGCCUACCGAUGACGGUAUUUUCUGGACUGUAACGAAGGAUGUUACCAGGUACUCCUCCAUCCUGGUCAACGAGAAUAUAUCUCUUUCUGUCAUGAUGGAAAAUCUGGUCAACGAUGUUUAUACCGGUGUUUAUCAGGUUAAUAUUAGUUUCCUCUACUAUAAUAGUAAGAAAAUGGAUGUUUCGUUAUCGAACAGUUAUAAUCGGAAAAUGAAGCCGGAUAAUGAGAUUGAAAAACCGGCAGAUAUGAUAAUACCAAUAUCGGGAAAUGGAAGUGAAGGAUUUUGGUUUCGAAUUAUGAAUGAAUCAGAUCUGCAUGGGCAGAGUGUUAUUAUUCCGAAAAAUACAUACAAAGCUGUGAUUGAGAUUUACGUAUCAUCACACGGGUAUGAUGAGUUUUGGUACACGAAUCCGCCUGAUUCAUACAUACAAAUGAAUAAUUUAACUACUAAGAGAGGCCAUGGAUCGUACAGGGAAGUUUUGGUGAAUAUAGAUAGGAUGUUGGUUGGAUCUGUAAUUCCAUUUCCUGUUAUUUUCACUGGCGGAAUUAAUCCUAUGUACUGGGGACCACUAGUUUCGAUUGGGGCAUUUGAUCUUCCUUCGUAUGACAUUGAUUUAACACCAUAUUUGGGGCUUUUACUCGACCGUCAAGCUCAUUUUCUAGAGCUUGGGGUGAAUGACAGUAUCCCAUUCUGGCUUGUGGGUGCUAAUUUGCACCUGUGGGUGGAUAACAAUUGUGUAUUGCCUUGUGAAGUGCAGGCUAAAGUUAUUGAUUUCGGUACCCCUAAGUUUAACAUUGAGCGAUCUUCGAGUUUUCUAGGCCUGGAUGGAUCAUUUGAGGUUGAGAUUAAGAGGAAGAGUGAGAUUUCUUAUUGGGUGAACUCAACAACAGGAAAAUUGACUACUAUAAUCAAGCGAGAAUUGAAGUUCAAGAACGAAAUGAACUUUUAUCUAAGCGGAACUGAGAAAAAGAUUAAGCAAAAAGUGGAGGAAGAGAUUGAAGUUAGCGUAUUGUCUAAUAGUGGUGGCACGAUCUCUAAAACCAAAGUGAAGAGGAAGUUUCCGCUUACUAUAACAUCUAAGACUAUAUCAUCAAUGGAGAAUGAUACGACCUUGAUGCUUUCUGAUUUGGAUCAUGAAUGGAAGGAGAAGAAGAAGUUGGAUGGAGGUCCUUCAACCUCAUUGAAAAAUCGGCAGCAAUGCAAUGGAUGGGUGGUUGUUCAAGGUCGCAAUGUUUUACAUGGUGGGGCAACCACUCAACAAACUUAUUCUUACGACAAUGAAGCUGAUUGCUAUUCUCGAACCGUUUCAGCUGCCAAUGGCAAGCUUAUGAAUGACACUGCAAACAUUCUUUGUGCAGCAGCUCCUUUGAAGUUUGGUUCAUUUUCUGCUUUGUGA